ACGAGGCUCGAAACCUCGUUCAAAACGUGUUCUCGUGUUGUGUGUAGCGUGGAAGGUUUGGGCAUGAAUUACUGCUAUUGUGAAAAAAAUGCUCGACGUUUUGAGCUAUAAGGAAGAAAGUGAGGCGCGUAGAAAGCGAAAAGAUUCUAAAACGACCGGGAAAUGUAACACUGCCGCAGAAAACGGCGAAGUUUUGAAUGGACUUUCUGUGGCAGCCGACGAAAAACCGCCAGGGACGGCGGUGAGAGAUGAAUUUGGGUCACAGCUCAAAAUAAUCCAGAUAAAUGAUCAAGUUCGAGAACUACAGACAAUUUUGAGGGACAAAGAAACUGAGAGAGGAGACUUCGUCUUUUAUGCUGAUCGUCUUAUAAGACUGGUUGUAGAAGAAGGUCUGAACCAGCUGCCAUAUGAAACUUGUACUGUGACAACACCCACUGGAGCCUCAUAUGAAGGGUUAGCUUUUCAGAGAGGAAACUGUGGUGUCAGCAUUAUGCGAAGUGGUGAAGCUAUGGAGAAAGGAUUGCGUGAUUGUUGCCGAUCAAUAAGAAUAGGAAAAAUUCUGAUCAAAGUCAAUGAAGAAUGCAAGACACCAAUGGUCUAUUAUGCAAAGUUCCCUCCUGGUAUUGAUCAGAGAAAAGUUCUUCUUAUGUAUCCUCUCCUGACAGAUUCAGGAGCUACUAUAAUAACAGCCAUCAAGGUUCUUCUUGAUCAUGGUGUUAAACAGGAAAAUAUUCUGCUUUUGAAUGUAUUUGCCACCCCAAACGGCGUGAAGCAGCUACUGAAAAACUUCCCAUCUGUUACCAUUCUGACAUCAGAAGUGCACUCAGACUGCCCCUCAUAUUUUGGACAGAGAUAUUUUGGAACAGAUUAAUGUUACAGGAAGAUAUGGAAAUGCAUUCUCCUUCAAGCUCUUACUAAUCUUCUCUUUACCAUGGAUUCCACAACAAUCACUUGCAGAGCCUUAAGCAGAAUCAUGAAUUUUUGUUUUAUUUUGGCAUUAAGAACUCAGCAUGCUAAUGUACAUGUACAUGAAGCGGAUGACAGCAAAAUGAGUAAUGCAGGAAGAAGCCAUCAGGGUUGCUAUAAACUGUUGACCCCUCUCCCAAAAUUGAUUUGGAUUAACAUGUAUUCUCUCCUACAGCAGGAACUCAUUAUGCUGUAGACAGGUGAUGAGAAAAAAAACAACUAAUCAGGACAAGGGAGUCAUGGUGAUAUACAAUGUGCUUAAGUGAUUAACAAGGAAUCACACAGUAGAGAAAAUUGCAAAUUAGUUCUUGAGUUGAAAAUUUUAAUUGAAAACUACUGCAUAGGUGUGCUUCAAACCAUAUUCACACCCUACACAAAACUCUGAAGAUCCUGUUUUUAAUUUUUUCUACAAGAAGCACAGACACACAGCAACUCGCAUUAACUCUGCUUAAAAAGCCAAAAUAAAACAAUUUUUGCAACAGAAAAAAAUACAAUUAUUUGUAAUCUGACUUACAGUCUGCAUGGCAUGAAACCAUCAUUGGACACAUGCAUGUAUUGCAAUUGUUGCUUUCGUAUUUGUAUGGAAGUUCUCAACCAAAUUAAACUGAACCCACUUAUUGAACUCAAACAUUGAAAAUUAAAUUUUCAUAUUACAUAAACUUUGACACCCCUACUCUAUUCUGAGACAUGAUGAGCUGGCAAUGUGUGUGGUAGGAGCUAACACUCAACAGAAAAAAUACUAGGCUAGAGAGUGUCAGAAAUUGAGCCUGGUAUACUCUUUGAGCAGCACUUCCCAAACUCAAAGUACACUUGACCCUUUGACCCCAAAAAGUGACUAGUAUCCAAUUUCUCCUUACAGUUAUCAACUCUGAAUCCCACAUAAAGGUCACAAAAACAAAGAAAAUUAUCGCCAACUCCAGAAGCUCUUGAUUUUUAAUCAAAUUCCCCUUGUUGCAGAAUAUGGAUUACCUUUCCUUUACAGAGUGAGUGUUAUCAAACCAUCUAAGGGUUGGGUUGUGAUCAGUGGUCACAAUAAUCUAACUAAUGAAACUUAUAUUUUCACACCCUUCCGUGUUGGAGGAAAUCAAUCUGGUUACACACAUUUUAAUCUGAUUAAAAUUGGGUCUCUAUGAAUUUAAGUAAUCGCCAGAAAUACUUCUGCAGUUACAUGCCAUUUGACUAGUUGAAACGAGCAUUUCUUUCUUCAUGGUAGGCUUCUUUACUUUUUUGGAAUAGUUUGUUUUUAGUCUUAAUGUUCUAUCCAUUAAGCCGGGAUUCAAAUUAUGGAAGGAUCUGUUUGCAGCUAAAAUGAUGAAUUUAUUAAAUAUUCUGCAGUUUUGUUUUUGUCAUAACUGCACUUGUAAACAUUAAAUUGAGAUGGAAAGGCAAUUAAUAAAAUUAUUUUGUCUCCAACCAGCAGGGAAUUCACUCUUCAGGUAGCCUUUUAAAAAAAAAUCGUAUUGCCAUUCAUUCAAAGUGAAGGCAAAUCAGAAAUCAUUGCUUUUGACCUGUAAAAUUCAACAAUAAAAUACAAAUCAGCCA